CCCUGCGCCCGGCCCCGGGAGCCAGGCGAGAGCCGCGGUAGUCGGGCCGCCGAAGAUGGGGAACACUACCUCGUGCUGCGUGUCGUCCAGCCCUAAGCUCCGGAGGAAUGCUCAUUCCCGGCUGGAGUCCUAUCGUCCCGACACGGACCUGAGCCGCGAGGACACCGGCUGCAACCUGCAGCACAUCAGCGACCGGGAGAACAUCGACGAUUUGAACAUGGAAUUCAAUCCUUCGGACCAUCCUCGGGCCAGCACAAUAUUCCUCAGUAAAUCUCAGACGGACGUGAGAGAAAAACGCAAGAGUCUCUUCAUUAACCAUCAUCCUCCAGGACAAAUAGCAAGGAAAUACAGCUCCUGCUCCACUAUUUUCCUAGAUGAUAGCACAGUCAGUCAACCAAACCUCAAGUAUACAAUUAAAUGUGUAGCUCUCGCAAUAUACUACCACAUCAAGAACAGGGACCCAGAUGGAAGGAUGCUCUUAGAUAUUUUUGAUGAAAACCUUCACCCUCUUUCGAAAUCCGAAGUGCCACCAGAUUAUGACAAACACAACCCAGAGCAGAAGCAGAUUUACCGGUUUGUUCGGACACUGUUCAGUGCUGCUCAACUGACUGCUGAAUGUGCCAUUGUCACCCUGGUAUACCUUGAAAGACUUCUAACAUAUGCAGAGAUAGACAUCUGUCCAGCUAACUGGAAGCGAAUUGUUCUUGGAGCAAUCCUGCUUGCCUCCAAGGUGUGGGAUGACCAGGCUGUGUGGAAUGUGGAUUACUGCCAGAUCCUGAAAGAUAUCACGGUGGAGGACAUGAAUGAGUUAGAGCGACAGUUCCUUGAAUUGCUCCAGUUCAACAUCAAUGUUCCUUCCAGUGUUUAUGCCAAGUAUUAUUUUGAUCUUCGUUCUCUGGCAGAAGCAAACAACCUGAGCUUUCCUUUGGAGCCCCUGAGCAGGGAAAGGGCUCACAAGCUUGAGGCCAUCUCUCGCCUCUGCGAGGACAAGUACAAGGACCUGAGGAGACCCACAAGGAAGCGGUCAGCAAGUGCUGACAAUCUGACUCUGCCGAGAUGGUCCCCAGCCAUCAUCUCCUAACUGUGGGUGUCCUCACUGAAGGCUGUACCAUCCCUCAGUUUCUCCUUUAGUUUGAGAAAAGACAGACUUGGGGUGGUUUUGUUUUUGGUUUUUCUUUCUUUCUUUCUUUCUUUUUUUUUUAAAUCCAUAGCUCCAUCAGGCUGCCUUGAUGACCGCCUCUGAGCUGUGUGGCUAACACGCAGCGAGGCUUUGAGGGAAGCAAAAUCAGUAUUCUGGAAAUUCUGUUUCACACCUUUCCCUAUCAUCAACAGCAUUCCUUCAUGGAGGAAAAAGACUCUAAUCCUGGAGGAGGAAAUAAAGGGAAAGGGAAGUCGUGUAGAGGCAGGGAAAAUGGUUAAAUGGCAUGGCCAUUUCUUAAGUCCCCCAUCUGGUCAGUAGGUGAAUACGACGGAAAACACAGCAGUAGGUUAACACAGUUGGACGUGCAUUAAAACACAAGAGUACCGCCUUUAUCACCUCCGUCUGGAUCAGUCUGUUCCGUAAGACUUCUUGCAUUCCUUCUGGCAGCUUUUUUGGGAUUUGGGGGAUUUUUGUUGGUUUUUAUUCUGUUUUGGUUUUGGUCCCACAGAGCAGAGAAUAUAGUUUGUACCCACCAUGGCACAGACAUCCAAAUAAAUAGUACCGGUUGUUUCUCUCUGCACUGUCCCUGCGAGCUGUCUCCUGAGCUUUCUUCCUCACAGGUGGGACGCACUCGUUAACGCUUCUCUACACCUUUAUUUUAUACAGUUUUUCUUCAACAAUGGCAAAAUUAACUUGACUAUAGUGCUGAACCAAAAUUAUCCCUUUCCCUCUUUAUUCCUCACCCCCUAAAAAUUCUAACAUGGGUGCUUGUGCCUUCCAAUUUUCAUGCAGUUUUUUUUUUGUUGUUGUUCUGACCUGAAGUUGUAGUUACAAAUCAGUCAGACGUCGUGAGCCGAGGAAACGAUGUGCAGUAGAGGGUGUCCUCAGCCAAGAUUUUCCAGAGUGCUGGGUGUUGUCCUGAAGUUAUUGAGGAGGAGCCAUUUCUUUGUACACCCUGCCCAGUCCAUUCCUCUACUUCUACAUCCAUUGUUGCAAGCAAUAUUCUUAUCAACUUUUAUAUGUUUACCUUAAAUUGAAGUUAGUAUAAAUCAAAGUUAUUUGUAUAAAAUUUUUUAAAAACCUAAAAUAAAAAAGGUGGGGGUUGGGUAUUCCAGUGGGAAGAUCAUUAAAGGGCAAAAUGUUACUAUUUACUGAGAUAUUUUUCACAGAAUGAUAGGAAAAAAAACUCAACUUGCAUUUUAAUCGUGGGUGCUUAGAGAAGUUAUACAAAAUUCAAACUGUGAAGGUUUAUGCUUCAUUAUGACCAUCCUUUUUUGUUUUCUGACUAUCCCUAAUUUGCUUAUGGGCUAGAUAGUAAUCUUUUAUAAAGUAAAAUAAAAAGGUUAAUGAUCAAAUAUCAAAGUAAAUCUGAUAUUAAGUCUAAGAAUUGGAGUCAGUGAAGCAUAUAAUGCUUUGAGUUUUUGCAUAUUUUCUUGAGUCACAAUGACAGGUUCUAAGCAUUUUCCUUUUUCAAGUCUCUGUGAGGCAAACAGCAGCAAAUACUCUGUGUUUCGCCUUUCUCCUGUGUGAGCUUGGAAAACUUUGGAACUCUAUAUUAUUUGUCUUGAGUACCCUAAAAUCAUACACCUGCUCCCCAUACAUGCCUGCUCCUGAUGACACAUGCUUUGGAAAUGGAAGGAAUUCAGAAAGUCAAAACCCCAAGAACACCAAGCUAAGAGUGCUGGUCAGGUUUCAUUGAAUUUUGUAUCAUGUGUAAACAUAACUGGGCCAGAAAUAUUGUCAAGUUCUUUCUAAACUUUCAAAAGCAAACACGCAGAACAGGAAAAGUUCAUUAUUUUUCCAUUGUAAUUGUGUGGAUAUACUCUGUAUGGGUACCAAAAUCAGCAUCUCUCUUCAAGUAAGAGUUGGAUUUAGAACUUUAGAAAUCUAAAAAUGUAGAAAAUAUCAUUUUAUAUUCCCUAUUCUAUAUAACUUACAAAGGGACAUAUUUUUCUUAGCUGAAUCUGAAUACCUCUCAAGCAUAAAUUAGUUUCUCUCAUGUAAAGUAUUUUACCAAUCCAUUUCAAGGAAAUAGGUUCUGCUGCCUUUAAAGCAGAAAUCUUAUUUUUAUCCCUUUUAUUUGAAUGAGAGAGAUUUGAAAAUUGAAUUAUGUAAAUAUAUCAAUGCAUCUGCUAUUAUUUUGUGGAGUUUAUUAAACUACUUUAAAAAAUUG